UUCAUUUUUUGUUUUCAAUGCUGAUUAUCAUACCUAAAAUGAAAAGAAUGUAGAUUAUGGUCGUAUGGCUGAAAUACUCGUUCGGAGGGCAGGCUCUACUGAUGAAUUCACUCGGUUGACAUCUAUCACAUGGAUCAACGAGUUUGUGAAGCUUGGUGGGGAACAACUUGUUCCCUACUAUGCAGAUAUAUUGGGCGCUGUCUUACCAUGCAUAUCUGACGAGGAGGAGAAAAUCCGAGUGGUUGCACGCGAAACAAAUGAGGAACUCCGUGCUAUAAAAGCUGAUCCAGCUGAGGGAUUUGAUAUCGGAGCAAUUCUUUCAAUCGCAAAAAGAGAAUUGAACAGUGAACAUGAGGCCACUCGAAUCGAAGCAUUGCAUUGGUUCUUCACUUUGCUGGAUCGAUAUUGUGCUGAGUUCUUGGCUUACCUGAACGAUAUUUUUGAUCCACUCCUAAAUGCACUUUCUGAUCCUUCGGACGCGGUGAGUUUUCUUUGAAAAGCCUUCCAAACUGCUCUGCUUGUUUCUAGAAUUUGAAA